CAGCAGGACAGGAAGCAGCAGGAAAUAACCAUUUCAACAAUUACUCAAGAGUGGUGGCUAUUUUCGUUCUUUAUGUAGCAACAAAAAAAAGAUUUUUGAAAUAAUAAAUUCCAAAUAAAAUUUGUUUGGGUGAUAUUUUAAGACACCAUGUCGCGUAUGCCCACCUCCUCCACUAGAUGGCGAUAGUGUUCCUAGCCUGUAAGUGUGUAGAACUGAAUAAAGCAGCCUGUUAUACUGAGCUCCACACCUGCCCAAUCUAAGAGUCGCCCUUUAUAAUAAAUUACACAACAUCUGCUUUUGUUUUUGUUCAUUUUCACGCCACCUUACGGAGGCCUGCCACAUGAUAAAGCACCAAAACACUGAAAACAAUUUACAGCAGCCGAAAGCGCCCAAAUAAAGGCCACAAUAAGUAGGUGCUCCGGAGUCAUGACCGCGCCGCAUUAAUUCGUAUGGCCUGGCAGAGAUGAUCUAAACCAUAUGAGGGGCUGAAUGGAUCUGCAAAGCCACCCACAGCUCUCGCCCGCCGCUCUCUUCCCCUCCAAGUUCAGGCAGCAUUCCUUCCACACCCCUGGGAUCUCUGCUGAAGACGCCAAGAUCAUUGAAAAAGACUCAAAUAAUAAAGCAUGUGCUACCUUCAACCCCCUCCUCCUCACCACCCCUCGACGAAAAAAAAAAAAAUCAAAAGGGAACAUAAAAAAGGCUGUGACAGACAGAUGGAUAGGCUCACAUAACUUUGUCAUUAGUGCAUAACUCUCAGAGUCAGAGGGUGAAUGAGUGCAGGAGGAGAGGACGGCAGUGCAGAUGUUCAGGUCUGAUCCUUAUCCAGAUCAGUCUACAGUCCCUCUUUAUUCAGUUUAUCUAACAGACAUGCCCUUCAGUUAGUGGCAUUUUACCUAUUUAAGUGUUGUCAUCAUAGAUAUAGUUUUAGGAUCUAGAUUUUGCUUAACAAAGGAAGGAACAUCGUUGCUUCAUAAAUUAACCUCUACCCUUCAAUUCUUCCCCCACAUUCAGGAGAUUAUCCAUUUUGAAUUAAUCUUUUUAGACGUUUUAUAAUGAUACUGUGCAGGAACACGACAACGAGAUAUGAAGAAUGAUUUUUUUUAAAUGAUUUUUAUUCCUUUCAUUUUUCUCUCUCUGAACAUGUACAAAGCAGCUGUUGGGCAGAAAACUCAAUAAUAAUCAAGCUGUUUGGAUGUGACAUGAGUUAAUUCCUCGGGGAGGAAGAGACAGAUGAAGAGAUCCAGCCUGAAACAUUAGAAAAGUCAUCUACCAGGUGAAACCUGUCAUACAAAGAGGUUUGAGGCAACGGUUUAUUUUACCAUGGCUAAAGGGGAUUAAAUAAAUCAGCAGUGGUGCAAAAGAAAAUGUGACUUUUUGUGGGGAAAAAAAGUUAACAAAAAAAACUUUAAAAAGACAUCUAAGCUUCCGAAGAUCUCAAUUAGAAUUUAAAUUUGUUUUUGAAAAAAAAAUUGAAGUUGUGUGAGGUCAUAUACGUGCCCAGCGUCUGGAGCUGCAGGGCAUGGAUCAUUUCCCGACUCUGGAAAUUGAGUCAGACUCAAACUGUGUCCUGCCCUGGCUUAUUACUGGCUGAGAGGAUCGCCCAUCCCAGCAGCAUAAUUCCAUCUGGGCUAAAUAUUUAUACAGAGAGGGAACGACAUCACUUAUCCACAACACAUCCAUUCACAUGAGGGAAGGCUACUUGCACAGUUGGUUCAGAGUGAUCGGCUCCGUCAGAACAACAUCAGAUCUUCUCGUGUUUCUUUGCUUUUGAGUAGAGGUCUGGUACUAACUUGUAGGAUACACAAUGAGCCUUUUGAUCUCUGUUUUGGGGGUUAUCCUCACUCUCUGUCAGAUUGGGAAGAAUCCAGCCAGCGCCGGGAUGUGCUGGCUGCAGCGAAGUCAAGACCAGCGUUGCGACAUGGUGCUGAUGAGAGGAGUGACCAGAGAGGAGUGCUGCGCCGGGGGCCGCCUGGACACGGCGUGGUCCAACACCAGUCUGCCCAUGAAUGAGGUCAGCCUGCUGGGCUUCCUCGGUAUUGUCUCCUGCAAACCGUGCAAAGAGACAUGUGAGGAGGUGAAAUGCGGCCCGGGGAAGGUUUGCAAGAUGAAGCUGGGCAGGCCGCAGUGCGUGUGCUCCCCGGACUGCUCCCACCUCUCCAGGAGGCACCCGGUGUGCGGGAGCGACGGCAAGUCCUACCGAGACGAGUGCGCGCUGCUGAUGGCCCGCUGCAUGGGGCACCCGGACCUGGAGGUCAUGUACCAGGGAGAGUGCAAAAAGUCCUGCUCCAACGUGGUGUGUCCGGGGACCCACACGUGCGUGACCGACCAGACCAACAGCGCCCACUGCGUCAUGUGCCGCACCACGCCCUGCCCCAUCCCCAAGCCGGCCGAGCAGCCCAUCUGCGGCAACGACGACAUCACCUACCCCAGCGCCUGCCACCUGCGCCGGGCCACCUGCUUCCUGGGCCGCUCCAUAGGAGUCCGUCACUACGGCAACUGCAACAGUCCACCCCGGAAGUCGCACAGAUUCGAGGACAGCGAGGAGAACGCGGUGUAAACGGAUCCCCCCCCACCACUAGCCUCCGAUGAUGACCUCUUCAUGUUGACAAUCACUCCUCCUCGUGCACAGGGACGGUACAUUAGAUUUGAAACACCCUCUGAAAGAAGACGCGCACCAGCUUCACUAGCCUCAACGGCGCCAUUUGUGCUCACCACGAUCAAGUUUGGGAAGUGGAGGCAGACAAAUGCAUUUGUGUUGAUGCGAGCUCUUUGGGAGAUGUGUGCAUAUUGUAAAUAGAAUACCGAUGCUAUUUAUUGGAGAAGGUAUCAAGCUCUAUUUAUGUUUUCUUCCCAAUAACAAACUCAUAUAUCCUUGGGAAAACCGAGCAAAACAUAUAUUUAUUGUUUCUGUUAGUUGCAUAUGUACAAUACCGCCACUGGCUUUGGAUUCUUAACAGCUUUUCACACAUUCCCAUUCCAGGCAAAU